UGUCCGUUGGGUGUUACCGCAGAAAAUUCCAGAUUCACAGUUUUUCAGAAGGUUUUUCUCAUUGUUUUGUACAGUACAACCCUACUGUGCGCUAAACUCUGAUAUUCUGAUUGCUAGAUUAAUAAUCCACAACACAAAACGCAUACAUCGAGUCAAGUGUAGAAAGGGUUUGUAGUGUUAGUAAAUAGUAACCUACACACAUAGUGCAUCUAAUAGGUAUAUUUAUCCGAUUCCAUUUACCAAAUACACUGUUGGCAGUUUACAUGGCAAAUCUGGUGUUUCAACUAUGAGAAUAAGGAUUGGCAGCUAAUGAGAGAAUAUAACAUUGGGCAAAGAAAUACGACUUCCUCUCCAUUGACCAUGUACGUCACUUUUCCUCUGACGUCCUUUCCUCAUCCCUCCCUUCGUUAGAGAGUAUCUGCACUGCUUAUUUGAAAACGUAUUUUUGCUCCUGCACUCUGGAACAGUUUGAAGCUUCUUCUGUUCUGCCUGGUUGUGGCUGUGAGUGAAUAUGGCAAGCGAACGUCAAGAUGUGGACAAAGAGUUUGACGAGUGGAAAGAAAAACAUGGGAAGAAGUACAAAUCCAAGGAGGAGGAAGCCAAGCGCAAGAAGAUCUGGCUCGAGUGUAGGACCAGGGUCAUAGAACACAACAAGAAAUAUGACAGUGGAGAGUCAACCUUCGAAUGUGGCAUGAACCACAUGUCUGACUUGGAACAACAUGAGGUCUGCUGUGGUGUCAGGAGGAGCUGUCAGGAAGAGAAGAAUGAUAGUUAGAUCUCAAAGUUUCAGUCUUCCUGCUUUCUGACAUAGAAACAACACGAGGUCUGUGGCUGCUUGAUGAAUACGUAGGUCCAAAUGCUUGUUUUACAACAAGACGACAUUGUAAUAUGAAGGAAAUAUACAUAAAAUAAGAAAUAGACUACAAAACCUUUGAAGUUUACACAUUUAAUUUACAGUAAAUAAAGUUAAAGGCAGCUUUA